AUGCUGCCCGUUGCUGGCACCCAAACUCCCAAUCGCAACGCCAACGCACCGACGACAUGGCUUCUCACGCUGCUCAUAUUUGGUGUCAGAGGUCACGUGGCCGUCGUCACGGGUGGCGGCAGUGGAUUGAGGUUUAUGAUUUGCGAGGUACAUUUUGACUGUGUUUCCUGUACCGUUUUAUUCUGCUGGUUGUUGGAUUACCGACUGUUGUUCAACGAAAAUCGGGCUCUCGUGAAAAAUGGUGCAAAGGUCUGUGUAGUGGCAUUAUCAACCAAACUUAUCGAUGGCAGUGUGCCCGAAAAGAACGGAUUGGCCGGCACGAGCGACGCCGGAUCGGCGACAAAGCAUGCAUGGAAUGUAUCGAGCAAAGAAGUAGUCGCCGAGCUAUCUGCGUAUGUGGCCACACGUGAGGACCGAGUCGACCUCUUGGUCUCCAAUGACGACAUACUACGCGAUCCACCGAUUAAACGCGACGUACUGACGCCGCCGUUGGUCGAGCUGCAAACCAGCAUGUGA